AUGGGCGUUACAAAGAUCGGGUGCCGCCUGCAGGAACGUUGAUGUGACGCGGCCCCCCGUGGGAUGGCCGCGGGUGCUUCGAUAAGAUAUAAUUGACAAAAAUCGAUGGUACUCGGUUCCAUUCUCGGGGCACUCUCGGCCUCGUCGUGCUGCUGCCAUGCUCCGCUCCAAGAGGUGCGAGGAUCGAUGGACGACGAGGAUUUCACUCAAAGCUUGUGAAAGGGAAAUUGGUUCAGGAUUCUCAGGAACGUGCGGUGCUGUUUCUGGCUCUGUCUCGGACAUUGAUAUGAACACCCGCACGACGUUUGUGAUGUCAAAGGUCUCGCCUGGGGGACGAGACCUUUGACAUCGUGCUCUCCGUGCUAGGGUGCUCGAUAAGCUCACCGAGAUUUUCUUUCGGUCGAUUGGAUUGAUCGCUCGAUCGCGGAGUGACUGCAGCAGAAGAUCGAUCGUCGAGUUCCUCCUUGCGGCGUAGGUGUGCUGCAUGGCGUGUGCCGGAGGCAUGGUCUACGUCGUUCACUCAUAGCUUGCAUUUGGAGUACGUCGCCACGUGAAGAUGGCCCGGGGCGACGAUGAGGCCGAGUCUCCUUUGAUUGACGAUGAGGCCGAGUCUCCUCCUUUGAGGGGCGAUGAGGCCGAGUCUCCUUCGAGGGGGACACACGGGAGCUCAACGCCCUACCGUGCGGCCCGCAUGAUCGCGCAAAAUGCGUUUGAGUCUCAUGAGAGGAGCUCAACGCCCUACCGUGCGGCCCGCAUGAUCGCGCAAAAUGCGUUUGAAUCUCAUGAGAGGAGUAAACCCUGGGUCUGCCAGCACGUACCGGCCAUUUACGGCAGUUUCGUCGAUGUGCUUUUUGACCACGCCGUCGGCAAUCAGGUCCUGGGGCCCACGAAGAAUCCGUGCCCCGCCUUCUUCCGCAGUCCCGUCCGGGGAGAUGUCUGGAGCGCUGAAAACUGGGGUCACUAUCCGGCGUUCGAAAAAGAUCCAAUCACUAAGGUCCCUGCCGCAGAGCGCCUGGUGGCCGUGGGCGACCUGCACGGCGAUUUCCAAAAAACGGAGGAAGUAUUGAAAUUGGCCAAUGUCUUGAGCGACACCGGCAACAAAUGGUGUGGCGGAAAAACCGUUCUCGUCCAGGUCGGAGACAUCAUCGACAGGGGCGGAGGGGAGCUGAAAAUCUACCAUCUUUUCGAGAAGCUGAGACGAGAAGCACCGAGACACGGAGGUGCUGUUUAUUGCAUCCACGGGAAUCAUGAGGUGAUGAAUAUGCUUGGGCGUUUUCGCUAUACGUCUAAAGAAGCUAGAGAGGAGUUCAGCAACUAUCAUACCUGGUAUCUGACGCAAAAUGCUUUGAAAAGGAUGGUCAAGGGAACCGAUCUGGGUUUCGACUACAUGCAAGGGAUGCCGCCAUUGGAGGAAGUUGAGAAUAUCGAAAAGAUUGAACCUCAGAGUAAGACUUGGAAUGCAUUCGUCGGGAGGAUUCUUUGCAUGAGACCAGGAGGGCCAUUCUGUCCGAGGUUUCUGGGUCACUAUUCCACGCUUCUCAUCGUUGGGAAGUCAUUUUUCGUCCAUGGCGGUAUCCGUGAUGAACAAGUUCCCAACGGUAUGCAGGAUUUGGUCGUGUAUAACCAAAAGGUUAGCCAGUGGGUGAAGGGUUUGUGUCAAGAGCACCAGGCCCCCGGUUUCGUCGAAGUUAAACAAGGAUUCGUAUGGAAUCGAGACUACGGAGUACCCUCGGAUAUUCCUUGCCAAAACUUGGCUAAAUUACUGGGGAAGUUCCAAUGUAGGAGGCUGAUGAUCGGGCACACGAUUCAACCAGCAGGAAUCAAUGCUGUAUGCAAGGGUAAGGCCAUCAGAAUCGACGUCGGAAUGUCUAAGGGCUGCGGUGGUCGCGAACCACAGGCACUAGAAGUACUUGACGACGAACGAGUAAACGUUUUAUCAAGGACAGGUUCCACGGUACUCGACGUUAGGGCUGAUACUGAAAUACUGAAAUUUAAAAAGUCCGAUCCCGAUAACGAUGAUGACGAUGACAGUGGUGCUAGUUCAUCGAAACCCCGGAUGAAUCUAACCCCGUCCAAGAGGGCAUCGAUGAUCAACCAAGACCCGGCCGAUGAUGCUCCGCUACAAGGAAGGUGUACGAUCAUGUGAUGCGAGGAUUGCUGCUAUCGAUUCACUCGACGGUGUACGCAAUCAUGAACUAGACAACGACUCUACAUCGAUCACAGGAUCGUGGAUGAAUAUCGGCAACGAAAGGCACAGACGAGUAAUGUAAGCCACCAUGUUUUGUUUCGAAGGGUGUCGAGAAUUCAGGGUGGAAAACAUAUACUUCAACGAUUUUUCUUACACACCGAAUCCAGGAUGUUUAAAAAGGAGGUGGAAGAAACACAUUUGGUAGGGAUUGGUGCACAGCGACAACGGAAGGUCACCCACAUAGAUGUGACACCUCACCUCUGAGGAAAAGCUCACAAAAGAGAGACAUUCGGGAAGCUCGGCGAGCACAUGCCCAGCGGCAAUAAACUACACAGCCAGGAUUGAAAGCCUAAGUCUCUACCGCAGUAGGGGCCGAGAAAUGAACUCGAUUAUCCCACAUCAAAAUGGCUACCAGCACUUCGACAUCACGCACCUCGGCGGCGUCAUCAUGUUCCCAGCUACACAGGUGUCUGCCCCAAAUGGCUCGAUUUUGGAAAUCAAUGUGCAACAAAUGAAUACAUGUGUAACUCCACCAGGAAGGUCCCAGCGAAUCACAAACACCGAUCACGAGAUGCCUGCACAAACUUGUGUUAGAAGCAUGUUGGCCAGUAGUAGCACAAGGAAAGAAUGAAGUAGAAAACAGGGUUUCGGUAGACAGCGAAAUACUUGACGUAGAUAACUGACGGCGAGAUGCAAGGCGAGAACAGAAGUUGCAAGUGAGUAAGAUGAGAGGACAUGGCUGGAACAAAUAUGUAAGAACGUGUGAAGCUCUCUUCAGCUGGUUGUGAAGGCGAAAUAUGUGGCAAAAGAAUGUGUUUGCCAUAUCCAGACAAUGGGUUUCAAAGGCAUUACAAGCGGAAUCAAGUCUGCCUCCUUCAAGCCGAGGAACGAUUAUGGACACCAACAACAUUUGAGAAAACCAUCUGGUUCAUGCAUCUUGUCACCUAACUUGAGUACUCAACAUGUCAAGGACCUUAUGGAGCUUGUAGACAAGGCCUGAGUUAAAUGCCUUCUCUGAUCAGAAACCUUCUAAUAUCAACCGACUCGUCUUCCAGACUAAUGGAGGCCAUGAUUAGAGCCUGCUUUUCUCCCUCACUGCACCUCUUUGGUAGAUAUCCAAUGUGAAAGGACUGAAGAGCGUGUGAUGCAGGCAAGAGAACCCAGUGUCACUUUUUGACCGACACACCCACUAUUCACAGAGUGCAAGUAGACGACGGUUAUUAAGGGGAGGGGGCGGCUCGCAGGACUGUGAAACACAAUAAACGAGAUUAAAUGCGUCAAGGAGAAAGGACAGGGCGAGACAGGCUUUAGGGUAAACUUCUAUUUCUUCAUGAUAAAAUUAACAUUCAAUAAAUUCACUACCAAAAUAUGAUAAAAUCAAAAUCAAACCCUUUGGAAGCAUGAAUUAAUACAUUAUCUUCAUCUUAUUUUCAAUUAUUUAAAAAAGGAAAAAUAUUUCUCAU